CGGCGCUUCCGGGGCGGAGCCGGGCCCGGCUGGGCGGCGGCGGCGGCUGGCGGGGCGGCCCCGCUGCGGGUAAACACCGGGUGAGCGCCGGGAGCCCCGCGGCCCCUCAGUGAUACAGGAUGCUGUUUCCUUUGGUGUUGUGUGCAGUGAUGCUGACAGGGAACUGUAAAGCUCAAGAAGAUGAAUGGAUUGACCCCACGGAUAUGCUCAAUUAUGAUGCAGCAUCAGGAACAAUGAGAAGACCUUAUAAGGUAGAGAAAGAAAGGCCAAACUAUCAUGACUCUGAGGAAGAGGCUGUGGAUACAGUCAGUACUGAAAUCUCACGUUGUUCCAGGGUAGUAGAUUCCUUGCAACACAAGAUUGCAGAGUGUGAGAAGAGGAAUGCCAAAUCACAGGAGAGCCGCAGCUUUUAUAUUUUUAAGCGAUUCUUGAAUAAGAUUUUAAAUGAAGCUGGAAAACUUGGCCUUCCUGGGGAAGAAGUGGGCCAUGCCCACUACGAUGCUGAGAUCAUUCUCACCAGGCAGACGUAUUUGGAGAUCCUCAGGUUUGUCAGUGAGGAGGCCUGGCAGCCAGGAGCCCUGGAUGAGGCACUCAAUGAUAUCUUGGUCAAUUUUAAGCACCACAACGAGGAAGCUUGGCGGUGGAGAUUUGAAGACACCUUUGGAAUUGAUCUAUAUCAUUUGUUUUGGCUACUCCUGUGCGUAGCGUGCAUUGUGAUUGUACUGGCUACAGAAGUGAGGACCUAUGUGUCCCGCUUUGUUCAGCUGAAAUAUGUUUUAUUUAUGACUUUCCUCGUCAGCUUUGUAUGGAAUUGGUUUUACUUGUACACGCUGGCCUUCGCUCAGCACCAGGCAGAGAUGGCCAAGAUGGGGCAGUUUGACAAGGUCUGUGCCGAGAAGCUGGAGUGGUAUGGAAGUCUCAUGGAAUGGCUUAGAAGCACAUGGACGUUUCAGGAUGAUCCCUGUAAGAAGUAUUAUGAAAUUCUGCUUGUAAAUCCUGUGUAUAUGGUUCCACCAUCAAAGGCCUUGGCAGUAACUUUCACCAACUUUGUAACUGAGCCUUUGAAGGACAUAGGACAAGGUAUUGGUGAAUUCAUCAAGGCACUUAUGAAGGAGAUACCAUUAAUUCUGCAGGUUCCAGUGCUCAUUACCAUGGCUCUGGGUGUCCUGACUUUUUGCUAUGGUGCAGGAUCAUCAGUGUCUGCAUUAAGAUACUUAAGGUCUUCUCAGAAGAAGAGUCUUCCCCUGCCUGCAGGUGGGCAGGAGCCCAUGGCCUUUGGGCAGUACGAUGGGAGGAGAGCAGAUGAGUACUACCUGCAGCAGCAGCCCUACGUGCACAGAGGCCACCAGGACAGAGGGGACGCUGCCAGCAGGCCCCUGCUCCGGCUGAGAGCGGCCAGUGGCAGCAGGAGCCCGGACACAGCACUCAGCAGCGAGCAGCCGGAUGCACUGCAGAACAGGUUGUACACUGAAUCUGAAGUUCAUAGACUUGAAACUCUCAAAGCUGAAAACCUUACUGCAGAACCUGCACUUGAGCAGCAAAAACAGGAGACAAGCAAAGUAGAGGGAGAGACUGGAGAAAACUGUGUCCCCAAUAAAAACCUGGAACAGAAGAGUUCUGCCACAGAACCGUGCGAAGAGAAGAAAGAGAACGUUUUACAUGAGUCCGGGAAAGAGAAUAAGGAAGACCCAGACUCUACUGUGGAGUAGAGGAUGUUGCCAGUGAAGGAGCUGGGAGUCUGUUCUUCUCCUGGAAGCAGCACCUCUGAUCAUCCAUCCUGUUACUCUGGAACCGACUCAGCAGAUCAAAGAACCCUUCGUCUGCCAUUGGCUCACGGCUGCUUUUCUGAAAAGGAGAAAAUUUGGGGUAUUUGACCUUAGAGUGCCUACAGCUGGGACAACUGCAUCAGAGUUUCAGUCCAGUGAUAUGCUUGAUAUUUACAUAUCUGAAAUUUAUUAAAUAAAUUUUUUUUAGUCAACC